AGCAAGAGAGCUGAAAACAAGUUACAAAGCAAAACGACCAAACGACUCGUGUGAAACGACGACUUUCGAACGCCAAGUUGGCGUCGUAAACGAGAGAGCGAUUGGAACAAUCGCCACGCGCCAAAGCAAUCGGCAGUUCGGGGCAAACUCGUUGCGAGAGCGGUUGUCCAACAGUUUGCAUUUCCCCUUCGAGUUUGAGUUUCUUGCCUCUUGCGAGCCAUGACAAGCAAUCGGGUAACAUCUUGGCGCCCGUUUCGUUUUACCGCAGAGCGUCAUCUGAAGUUCGUCGAGCUUUAUAGUCGCGAACCAUGCUUGUGGGAUAAUAGGCCCCCAUUGCAAACUGCAACGAAUGCUGCGCACAGGCGCCUUCAAAUUGGUAUCAACAGGGAGGCUGGUCGCAAUGAGCGCCCUAUGACUUUGCUAGGUGUGAAGACUAAGAUACAAAAUUUGCGAGCUGUGUAUCAUCAGGAGUUAAGGAAAGUCAAUGCAAACCCUUGCUAUACUUCCAAGAUUUCCUGGUUUGCGCCAAUGCAUGAGUUUUUGGGUCAAAAUCUGGAUGCGUCGGGAAAGAACACCAAUGUGGUUUUACCAAAACCUGUAAAACGUUUGCGGAUCAAAUUGUCCCGCAUAAAGCCUGUUAAAAUCGAAGAAGAAAUCGAGCAGAAAUUGGAGUUGAAGCAAAGUCCCCAGGUGCCUACAACAGAAAGUGCUCGUUCACUGCCAUCCGCAGAGUCUUCUGAUCCUCGUUCAACUACGAAAACGGCCUCGCCACAAUCUCCCACUGCAACUCCACAUACAUUGCAAGGACCUAGAUUUCCGGAAAACAUAUCAAGUCUGCAAUCCUUGGGAUUCAAUGAGUUUACGUUUUUCGGACUUAAUGUUGGCGCACAACUUAUCAACAUGCCCCUUUCGAAUGCAAUGAUCAUGCAAUCAAAGAUUCAACACAUGCUAUCAGUGGAACGUCGUAGGAUCGAAGGAAAUUCGAGCGAUGUAGAUAUGCACUCGUAAUUCGGAUUUUACAAUGUACAACUUAAAAUAAUAACGUAUAAAUAAGAUCUAUUCAAAAUUAGAUUAGAAUUGUUAUCGAACAUGUAUUUUUGUUAAUGAAAAUAUAUGUACAUAUGUGUGUAUGUAUGUAUGUAUGUCCAUAUGGGUAAUUCCAUGGCGAAAUUUGUCCCGUGCGAGACUUUUUGCAGUGCACUGCAGUGAAAAUAACAUAAACUGAAUCAAUUUUAAAAAUAAGUGAAUGUUUAGAGCUAAGAUUGAUUUUAGGAACUUCAUCUGUUUUACGAUAAAAUAUGUAAAUUCGUUAAUUUUUUGGUUGUGCGUACGAAUGGUUAAUUUUUGCAAUUAUCACAACAGAAAACAAAACAGAACGAAAAUUCCAAAACCAUUCUUAAUUUC